UAAAUAAAAGUAAUAAUUAAAUAAAAAUAUUAAAAUUAAUAAAAUAAAAUAAAAUGAGACUAGAUGAGCAUGAUGAAUUAUUGAAUGUAAAUAGUACAGGAGGUACAGGAAGUAAUAAAAGUGCUGUAAGUAGAUUGUACUUAAGAUUGUCACAAACCUAUCAAAGUUUAUUAGAUAAAUGGACACCUCAUACACGUCUACGUUGGGCCUUUGCAAUAUUACUUGUUAUAUUAUUUGGAAUACGUAUUGUUACACAACAAGGAUGGUAUAUAGUAACAUAUGCUUUGGGUAUUUAUCAUUUAAAUUUAUUUAUAGCAUUUUUAACACCUAAAAUCGAUCCAGCAAUGGAUUUAGAUACAGAAUUGAAUGAUGAUGGUCCAGCGUUACCAACACGUUCCAAUGAAGAGUUUCGUCCAUUCAUACGACGUUUACCAGAAUUUAAAUUCUGGUAUUCAGUAACAAAAUCAACUUGUAUUGCAUUAAUUUGUACGCUCUUUGAUUGUUUUAAUAUUCCAGUAUUUUGGCCAAUAUUAGUUAUGUACUUUUUUACAUUAUUAUGUAUUACAAUGAAAAGACAAAUUAGACAUAUGAUUGAUUAUAAAUAUUUACCAUUUACACAUGGUAAACCACAAUAUAAUAAUUAUAAUGGUGGUAGUGGCAGUGGUUCAUCAUCAUCAACAAUAGAUCAAUCAACAUCAUCUAAUAUGAAUCAUCAUCAUCAUAAUGUUAAAUUGAUGGGUAGUAAAUAAAUAAAA